AUGGUCGCCUUCCUUUUUGUCCUGGACACCGUGCAUAGUGCUUCGAUAAUCUACAUGGCCCGGUAUUAUGUUGUCACGAACUACACGAAUCCGGAGGCGUUGCUCUACGUGUCCUGGCCAUAUCCUUUCACGCCCAUUGCUACUGCCCUGGCAGCGCUAGCAACCCAAAUAUUCGACGGCUGGCGGAUAUGGAGACUGAGCGGUAAUGCUCUCUUAUUUAGAAUUAUCAUUGUCCUUGCAAUCGUCUCCUUCGGUCUGGGAGCGGCAUGUGGUAUCAAGGCGUGGAUCAUUAACUACAUCCCCAACAUGGUCUCUAUAAGCCAUCUGGUGACUUCCUGGCUCGUCCUUCAAGUCGCCAUCGAUGUUUUUAUCACCGCUACGCUGAUCACGAUCCUUGGACGCUCACGCACCACCUUCCGGCGCACGACCGGCGUAGUCAACCAGAUUAUGCGCGGUGCCAUCCAAACGGGUCUUUUUGCCAGCGUCUUCUCUCUGGGCGACCUCAUCCCGUUCCUCGUCGCGCCAAACACAAACUUGUACGGAAUGUUCGCGAUGCCCAUUGGACGGAUAUACACCAACACGUUACUCGACACGCUCCUUACCCGCGAAACUCUGCGCAACCAGCUGUUGGCGGAUCCUACCAGCAUAAACAGUGUGCCCGGAUAUUCUCCCGCACCCGUGUAUACUAUGAGCACACUCCGGUUCAAAUAUGAUAAGACGACCGGCCACGAAACAGCGGAUGAGUCUUGCGCACAGACACCCGAGGUUGUCAAGCAGGCAUUGUCUGUCUAG